UUUCAGAUCACCUUUGAGCGAAAACACUACUCCUCUAUUCAUGAGGUAUUUGACAUCAGUUGCUCUUCUCCUAUUUGUAUUAUUCGGCUACUUAGAGGCUAAGCCAUAUCCAGGCCGCUGCCGUAAUAGGCAAGUGUCAAAAUGUGCAUGGAAAAAAAUGCGACAACGACGCUUUCCGGAACCACAGGAUCGCCUACGUGUAGUGUGGUCAUCGGAUGGGCUCGUAGGCAAUAGAUACUUUGAACGUGACGGAAAACAUUUCCUUGAGAUACAGGAACUAGUCCCCAUUGGCAAUGGAAGAUACAGAAUUGUAUCAAGAGAAGAGGAGACGACACCACCACCAGCAAUUCCACAGCCUCAGGAGCCGUCUGGAGCUGGAAGUGGUCCACGAUCGUGGAUGGAUGAACUUGCGGCAGUACCUGCUUGGCCAACGAGAGUUGAGGACCCAAGACAAAGCGGUGCUAGGCAAACGGAACCAAGAUUAGACGAAGCACCACAGCAGCACCCAGAACCCAGGCCUGAACUAGAGCAGGUACACCCAGAACCCAGGCCUGAACUAGCGCAAGUGCAGCCAGAACCCAGACCGAGACCGGUGCCAGUACAGCCAGAAACGAGGCCUGGAGUGCAGGCACAAGCAGAGCCAAGGCCUGUACCACAGCAGCCACACCUAGAGCCACGAGAAGAGGACCAAAGUCAUGUCGAUGACGAACGACAACAUCCUCAAAGCAGGGUAAUUGAACCUGCACAGCCACCAGUACAACCUGAACCAGUGCCAGUAAGGUCUGAGGACCGAAUUCCAUCUGGCGCUGAAGAACCACAAAGAGAGCCACAGGUGGAAACACCGAGUGCAUCUGAUGUCGUGGCUGUGCCUAUAAGACAACGAACUGAAGACUUCCCAGAAAUUCCAGCAGCUUAUUAUGAUGAGACCUGGUACGAACCGCCUGGCCAAACAUUCUAUCCAAGAUUGCUCUACUCUCCCCGCUAUGGUUGGAGGGAAAUGACCCAGGACGAAGUAUCCCGAGUAAGAAGUAUUAGACCCAUAUCUGAGCAUGAAGAGUCAAAUGGGCGAGACAUCCAUCCACAAAUGGAACUUUAUCCUUCCCAACCUCAGCAAAACGUCCAACCCGCUCAGCAGACUCACGCUGAACCUAAGCAAGACCAAAAGGCAACAAUUUUGACGCAAAAUCUCGAACAGAAAGAGGAUGAGGACUCUCCAAAUAACAUUUUACACGGCCAACAAGGAACAUGGAUAUUUCGAAACGAUAAAUGGGAAUUUGAACCCCAUGGAGCUGUGGAAAUAGCUGAAACCACUCCGGAAAGCGUAGCACCUGUUUACGAUUCGGGAACUUGGGUUUUCGACAACGGUGCUUGGCAUUAUAGACCCCUAUCACGACCUUUUGAGAGAGAACAGGUACAACCCGAUCAGGAGCCAAGACGACCCGGUCAGGAGCAGCCACAACCCAAUCACGAGCGGACACAACCCGAUCAGGAGCAGCCACAACCCGAUCAGGAGCAGCCACAACCCGAUCAGGAGCAGAUUCAGCCCGGGCAAGAGCUGAUACAGACACAACCUGAGCAAGAACAAAGAAUCUCUAUUCCAGCCGUGACUGUGGACGAAAAUCAGACAACUGGCGAGAAAAAAUUGGUGAAGGUGAAAAAAUUCCCAAGAGCCCCUGAUCAUCAGGAUAAUCAUCGAGAGUUGCUGGCUAAGGCUGUUUCAAUGGAGCAAGAAGAAAAGAAUGAAAAUAAUGGAGAAAAUGAUAGAGAUGACUAUAGCAGAUGGUAUCACUCAUAUCGUAGGGAACAAAACGACCCGCAAGAAAGGGAAAACGCAUGGAAUGCCCAAGACACUAAAGCCAUAAGACUUAGUGACGGACAACUGCCACAACCUGAAUCCGCCCACUAUCUCCAAAAUGGAAAUAUGGCCGCUGUUGUCUACUCAGAGAAUGAUCGCAAAACUGAAGAAGAUGAAAGGAAUAAAUCCCAAGGAGCAAGUUAUUUUCUCAAAGAAGGCAAUCUAGGAGCCUAUGUCUACUCUGGAGACGAAAACUCGUCCAGCGCUAAAGAAGAACGAAACCAUCAAGCACCGUCACCACAGCGAUAUCUUUCUGCGGACGAGUAUAAACGACUACAACCAUCUGAAGUAAAAGUCCCCACUUUACAACUGAAAAACCCAUCUGACAUAAAGCCAUGUGACGGUACCGGCUCGACUUCUGGAACUGGAGAGUUUUGGCUGCUGAGAACUCGUCCGUGUAAUAGGAAUUCACCCGAAGGCCGUAUUAUGCUGCCAAAUGGAGAGAUUCUGAGGUUUUUCGGCCAACCUCAACUAGUGAAUGUUUAGACCUGCUCAUCAGAACUGCUGUGGAUCUCGUGUGAUUGAGAUUUUUUUAACUUGUAAUUGUAUUGUACAUAGAUUUACACGAAUAUUUUCUACUUGUAUUUUUUCUGU